GAACCAGGUCUUUUUUCGACAUAAAAAGCAUCAGUGUCGAAAAUCGUCAGUUCUGUAAAUAAUAUUUACAAGCUCGAGUUGAACUCGUUCUUCGUUUGCCCUUCAUUGAAUUUAAUUGAAAAAAGUUUGAACAAUGGUACGUCUUACGCCCAGAGCUUUAAUUCGUUUUCAGAUGCCCAGACAGGGCAAACCAAUGGUUUAUCCAUACACAAUUGCUGCAAAAUGGUCACAUUGGAAUAUUGCUUAUGAAUGGAAAAUGAAUUGGACAUUCCGUUAUACCCUCUAUGGUAUGAUGACCGUAUUUCCAUUUGUCUGGUUCAUUGAUUCAACAGUCAAUUCUCCGUCUGCAAAAGCAACAUACAAACGUCUUAAAAAAUUGGAACAUGAAAAAGAACAUGAAGAACAUCGAUGGGCUGAUAUUUCUGGACGUUAUGCAAACAAAUAAAAUAUUCAACACAUUUUAAAUCUAUUUUCCAACGAAGAAUGAUUGAGAUAAUCUUGUUCAAUAGUAAUUAAAAUUGAAUUAGAAUAAUAAUAAAAAAAAAUUUAUUUCAUUA